CCUCGGGCGAAACGAUCACAGAAACGGACGCGAUGCAAGUUGCGCCCAUGGAGUCCGCGCCGCGAAGCGGCCUCUUGUCGCAUCACCCGCAUGGUCGAUGGGAUAUGCUACGCGUCGCAUGCGGCUUUGCCUACGUCUUCUUCUCCCUGACGUGUGGCUGGUUCUACUUGACGCUCCUCACACCGGCGUUUGCCAACGAUCUCUGGUGGCCGGGUUACAACCUGAGCGGUUACGAGGCCUACCUCGUUGAUGCCACCAACGCAGCGCUCGUCACGACGGCGUCAGGGCGGCUCGACCUCCUCGCAGACGCGGUUAUGCAGCGCAAGGCGUACGACGCCAGCUCGUCCUCCACGAGCGUGUACCCAACGUACGUGCGGCACCUCGUGUUUCAUGAACUCACGAGCGUGCGCUAUGCCAUUGCCAACUUGCGCUCGCUCGGCGCGCCGUGGAGUCUCCGCAUGAGCACUCAGUAUUGCUUUGUCGACUUCAACCAGAGCUUCCACCUCGCACACACGGCCCGUCGCCAAGCUCGCUGCAAACAAAUCUACGCUCGGAACGGUGCCGUGUACCUCGAAGCCGUCUUGCGUAACAUUGAUUACGACGCAUUUCAGGCGACGUGGGGAGGCCCCGGCAACUGGUUCUCAGUGGCGGUUCAGUCGACGCUCGAGGCAAGCGUCGUCGGGCGGGAGUGGCUCGCUACCACAUCGACAGCGCGCGAUACGACGCCGAUUGCAGCCGAAAACGAUCUGUGGACGUCGGUGGGCAUCGAUGCAUUUCAGCUGCAGUGGACCAACCGGUGGCAGCCAGGUAUCUCCGAGACCAUUGCACUCGCCAACGCUCUUGGCUACGAGCAGCAGGUGACGCUCAAGAGUCGGCCUCGUCGUGCCGGUGCCUGGACGUCGAUUGUGCUUUUUUGGUUGCCAUUUGUUGAUAUGUGGGCUGCCACACAACUCAACGUGAGUCUCGUCAACAACACCUCGGUGGAUUUCGGCGGGUGGUUCGGCCUCUGCCAGGCUGGUGGCGUCUGCUACAACCAGACGAGCGUCGUACACAGCUCUGUCGGGCCGCUACUCUCGAUCGACGCCUUCUAUGUCCCACCACCGACAGCGCUGCGUGACAUUUACCUAGUAUUUCAAGCCUCCCUGUACGCUCGACUGGCCUCCGACAGCGUCUUCUUGGCCAAAUAUACGGCGCUUCAGAGCGUCGACGCUCAGCUACCAACGCCGCAGCAUUGGCAGCAACACACGACGUUCUUCGGUGGCAGUCUCUUGUGUUUGCACAUGCCCGGCACGGAGUAUGUGCAAUCUCCGUUCGACUUUGACGAUGCGUGCACUACGCCGCACCCGUUCCUCGUUGCGCUGCGUCCAGAGGCAGCUCUUUUUGCCGCCUCCGCGCUGCCAGAGCUAUCGCUGCAAGGCAUUGGAAAUGUCGUUCGUGAGGUUGGGCGCGUGCUGGCGUCCUCCGCCUUUCGCAACGCGUCCCAGAGUGUCCGCACGCUCCAGCCACAAAUUGUACAAUUUGUUGAGAAGCAAUCGAUGUGGUCACUUUUGCAGCAGCCGCUGCUCGAUGACACAGCGUUUGCCGUCUACGGCUGGAUCAUGCUCUACGACUGGGUGCAAGGCCGGCGCGAGGUGCUUUCGCUGGAAGGUGAUGCAGCCUCGAUCGCGCUCAUUUCGACGUCCUAUGACGCCCAGGAAAUACCAACGAGCGGCGACACCCGCUUUGUCAAGAACGCGUCACAGAUCGCCAUCUACACGACCGCGUACGCCAGCACCGUGCUCGCACUCGUGGCGCUUCUCUGCGUCCUCCAUAGUGUGCGGCUCCGCUUUCGCAUCCUCGGCCGCAACCUCUUUCAGUUCAACCGCGUCGUGGGCAUAGGUUAUGUCGGGCGACCUAUCAUGCUUCUCCGCGGCAUGACCGCAGUCAUCUUUUGA